CAGACAUUUGCAAACCUUCAUGUCGGCUGGUUUACAGCACUGAAAAGAAGUGUUUUAGCUCAGAGUCUCGUCAUGUUUGUCUCCAGACUGAUCUGCAGGUUCGGUUCCUACCGCUCUCGACCCAAAGGAGUGAGAAUCUACACCUCCAGCUCCGUCUGGUCAACCUGUGUCGUUUCCAGUUACAGCAGUCGACCUCCGACCCAAGAUGCGUCUAUUCGUUACAGCUUCGGUCGCCCGGUCCUCUCUGUGCGUCUCCCUGCAGGCCAGCAGUUUCGUUUCCCUCUGACACCCAUGUUGACCACAGUGGGCGACCUGCUGCGAGACAUCGCAGCCAAAGACCCCGGAGUGCACACCGCUGCCCUGCUCAAUGGAGACGGACAGAGAAUCUCCUCGUGCACUUUUAUGGAAACUGUUUUAAACAAAGAUUUCCAGCUGGUCAUCAAUGAUGUCACACACAACGUUCAUGCACUUGGACAAGGUUCGUCUCAUGAACAUGUGUUGGGUCUGGAUGAUAUGAAGUACGUGGUCCACCUGCUUCACUCGGCUCUGGCGCUUCCUCAGCAGCAACACACCAAACACUCUGAGCUGCUGAUCAGACAAGAGCAGCUCAGACAGCAGCUGCUGCCGCUAGAGACGGUGAAAGUCCAGAUGGCAAAGGAGGCGGAGUCUAAAGCAUCCAUGCUGGGGUUGGUCGGCCUGGCCUACCUGUCACUGCAGGGGGGAUUCCUGGGAUACCUCACCUGGUAUGUGUUUGCCUGGGACAUCAUGGAGCCAAUCACCUACUUCAUCUCCUACACCACCAGUAUGAUCUUCUUCGGCUACUACGUUCUCACCAAACAGGAUUUCAUCUGUCCGAGUGUGAGGGAUCGUGAGUUCCUUCAGUUCUUUCAUAAGAGAGCAUCUCAACAGAAAUUCAACGUUCAGAAAUACAAUGAGCUCAAAGACGAACUGGCAAAGGUGGACGAUGAUCUCAGGAGGUUAAGACGAGCAAUUCGGCUGCAGCUGCCGGUGGAUCAGGUUCAGCCUCAAAGAGCCACCUGAGAUUUUUUUAUAAUUUUCUAUUUUGUUGUGACAUUAAUUGUAACUUUUAUACAUUACUUUAUAGUCGUUGUUUAUAAGAAAUGUUUCAACGCUUCUGUCAUGGCCGUCUGACUUUAUUAAAGACAUAUGUCAUUUUUAAAACA